AUGGCCGACUCGAUUACCAUCAAGGCGCAGUGCCUGUGCAAGGAACACAUGUUCUCGGCAUCCCUGGCCGAAUCCGCCCUCCCGCUGAGAGCCGUGUGCUGCCAUUGCACCUCCUGCCGCCGCGUUACCGGGUCGCUGUACUCCAGCUGCGCGCCGUGGCCCAACCCUUCAGAAGACCUGUCCGGUCUCGACAAGUACUCGUACAGCAGGCACACCGACAUCUUCUUCUGCGGGGGCUGUUCCUCGAAGCUCUUCUGCCGCGUCGUCUCUACUCUGGGGCCGGCCGUCUACGUCGUGACCGGCGCGCUGGAGAACACGCCGGGUCUCGUCGAGUACAGCAGUCACAUGUUUGUCGGGGACACCGUCGACGGCGGCGCUUCUGUUUGGCUGCCGCCCGCCAAGAGAUGGAACGGGGGGCGCGGCAGCCAAGAGUUGUCGCUGGAGUCGUCGCCGGCGUCCAAGGGUUUAUUAUCGGCCUCGCCCCCCGCCGGGGCGAGAGCCUCCCCGUCCGCCACCCCCUUCCACUGCCAUUGCAGGGGCGUCCACCUCUCGCUCCGCAGCGCCGCCGAUCUCAAAGCGGAUCCGGCGGAAGUUUCAACGACAUCAUGCAUCAACCCGCAGUCGCUCAAGUUCAAGGCCAGCGCUGACUCGUGUGACUCGUGCCGCCUCACGUUCGGCUCAGAUGUGAAUGCCUGGGCCUUUGCUCCCCUAACCCACAUCGGCUUCGACGUGGCCGGCAACUCGUCCCCGGGUCUCCCCGAGUUCCCGCGAAGUCUCGCCGCGCUCAGGGGGGCGGUCACGGCAACCCGAAAUAGAGACGCCCGGCUGGGGACGCUGGCGGUCUACGACAGCUCUCCGGACGUCGAGCGGUACUUCUGCUCCAGGUGCGCCGCCAACGUCUUCUACGCCGUUCGUGACCGGGACGGCAUGGUGGACAUCGCGGUCGGGCUGCUGCAUCACCCGAACGGCGCUCGUGCCGAGGGGCUGCUCGCGUGGUCCUACGGCAAGGUCGGAUGGGAUGUGGACGCGGCUGGAGGAUGGCGAGAGGGAAUCGUGACUUCGGUGAAAUCUCUUUCGAGUGAAUGGAUGACCCCAGUCCGGGAGGGACAACACAUAGGAUGA